AUAGCCGCCGACCAUGAACUCCAUGAACUGCCUGUCCAACCCAAACUCUGUCUGCUCCAUCAUCCCACUAACCAGACGCGUCCCCCGCUCCACCUUCCGCAUCGGCGCCGGCGCCGCGAGCACCAUGGCUUACCGGCGUUACCGCCCCGUUCCCGUCGCCGCGAGCCCCAUGGCUCACCGCCCCGUCCCAGGCUCCACUGUCCUGUGCUUUGCGAGUGCUCGGCAGCCGGAGCCCGUUCCGGAAAGCACCAGGAGGAAGCUCGUCGCCGCGCGCCUGCUCGCCGACCUCCGCGCCGACGCCAUCGUUGCACGCUGCUUGGACUCCCUGCCGGAUGACCUGGACGCCGUGCGGGCCAUCGCCAUGGAGGUGGGGAACACGCCCAUCGGAGAGGACGGCCACGUGCCGGUCAUCUGCGCCGUGUCGGGGUGCAACAAGGGGGACAUCGGCGCCGCCUGGGAGGCCCUGCGCCACGCGCAGAAGCGGCGCAUCCGUCUCGUCGACGUCGACGUUGGUGCCAUGCAGAUGCAGCACAAGACGGCCGAGCAGGUGGUGGCCGACGCCAGGGACAUGGUGGCUUACGCGCGCACUGUUGGAUUCCUCCACAUCGAGUUUACCCCCGAGGAUCCCGCCAGGUCAGACAGGGUGUUCCUCUAUCAUAUUCUAGGAGAAGUGAUAAAAGCCGGAGCAACAAGCCUCAGCAUCCCAGUUGGCCAGCACACCCCUCUUCAUGAAUUCCAGGAAUUAAUUGCUGACAUAAAAGAAAACACUCCUGGGAUCGAAAAUGCAAUCAUAUCUACUCCUUGCCAUGACGUUCUUGGUCUUGCAAGUGCCAACACACUAGUGGGUGUUUUUGCACGAGCAAAGCAGUUAGAGGUGACUGUCACUGUUAGUGGUGAAAGAGUCGGAAAUUCUUCCAUGGAGGAGGUUGUCAUGGAAAUUAAAUUUUCUCGAGAACUUUCAGGUGACCUAUAUACUGGAGUUAAUACCCAAGGAAGUACCAUGAAAAGCAAAAUGAUGCAAGAGCAGAGUGGACUUCACGCGCAGCUGCAUAAUGCUACUCUUGGCGCUAUUGCUCAUGAAAGGGAAAUUAAUCUGGAAUGCACUGAGAUGCUUAAAUUCGAAAGAACUUGUGAAAUAGCAUCAUAUGUUGAUAUCGGUCUCAGCAGAAGGCAUGUCGUCAGAACUAAAGUAGUGGAGCAUGGAUAUGGAAUCACCGAGAAAGAAUUUGCGGAUAUAUGUAAAAGCAGCUACAAAGUGGUUGCAGAGGAACAAAAGCCCGUCGCGCCGCUGGACUCGCGCAUGGACAUAACCACCCUGCUCUACAACACCGGGCAGGUGGUUGUCGUAGGCAGGUCCGUCAUGGACAUUGCGCAGCAUCCUGUGGUGCUCAACACUGUGCUACCGCUCAUGCGGCAGAUGGCGUGGCCAUGCCUGCGUGUCAUCGUCGUGUCUGGGUUUGGCGCCACGCUCGGUGCUGGCGUCAUGGCCAUGUAUGUUGGGGCGAUGGUGAUCCUUGAUGCAGGGUCCACGUACCGCUCCUCCACCCUGUAGGAACUACGAGAUCACCACAAGGACACUUUCGGCAUCCAGGUGUGAUGGAUCCACCAUAGACCCUGUUCAAUAAGUGGAACACGCCAGCUGUUUGCUCUCCGGUUAGCUAGGAAGUAAUAAGGGUCAGGGUGUUGUAAUAAGGAACACACUAGCUGUUUGCUCUCAGGCUGUUGUAUGCACAAUCACUAUA